CGAAUACUAAGGAUAAUAACUGGGAAUGCAAAUAUACAUAUGAAAUCGACAAUAUGAAUGCAAUAGAAAUUAGUUGUGGUGGAAUAACCAAUGACAGGUUAUGGACGUUAUCAUUAUUAAAAAAUACCAUAUUUGAUUUAUUAACAUUUCCAAUAUCGGAAGUUAGUGAUAAAAGAAAAAAUAGAAAAAGAAAUAAAUACUAAAAUGGUAGAAUUAAAAUUUCUUAAAUCGGUAAUGGUUAUAAGUAUUGAAGACAUACAUUAUAUUUAUUCAAAUAGAAUGGAUUUUCCAAUUAAAAUUAUUGAGGGAUCAAAUUCAAUCAAUAACUUGAUAAAAUCUUGUCUUGAAAUUAAUAAUAACCUCAAUUACUUUAAUAAUAUUCUAUUUAGACUUAAUGACCAAAAAGCUUUCGGAAUAUUUCACGAAAAACCAUGGGUGAUUAAUAUGAAAAAGUGUGACUUGGAAACUUAUAUAAUUAAUGACAAAUAUAUUGAUUCGGAAGAAAUUAGUGAUAUUAAAGAUUCAAACAAUGAAAACAUCUUAUACAAAAUAGGAAACCAAUAUACUACAACACCAGAUGAAAAUGAGCUUAUAAAAAAGUACAUUAUACCAAAUUUAGUAAACUCAAAUGAAAAUCAAAAUGAAUAUUAUAUGAGAUUAACAUUCAAAAAUGGUGAAUUCAUUUUAGAAGCUUUUAUUAAUAAUUCAUUUCAAAAUAGACCUUCAUAUAAGAUUAGGUACUCUAAUUGGAAAUAUAUAAUAGAUAAUAAUACUCAUAUUUUAUAUGAUGAUACAGAGUUACAUAUAUACACUUUCAACAUAGAAUCUAAAAAGAUCGAGUUGCAACUUUGUUAUAAUAUUAAAUUCCUUAAAUAUGCAAUUAAGCUUUAUAAUAAUAACAAUGAACCAGAUGCUUUAGAAAUUGAUGAAAUUAAGGAAAUAGCUCAACCCACAAAUAAUGAAUUAAAAAAGCAAUGGAUUCUUUAUGCAACAAAUCAAAAAUACUUUCUAGUGUAUUAUGGGGAGAAACUCUUAAAAUCGGCGAUAAAACAACAUAAUAUAGAGUUAAUAAAAUUGAUCUAUACCAAAACUCUUAAAUAUUUCAAAGAAAAUCCGAAUAAUAAUAUUCAAUUCCUAGCAUAUUAUGAAGAGAAACUCUUAAAAUCAGAAAAUAAAGAGUUAAUAGAAUUGAUCUAUACCGAAACUCUUAAAUAUUUCAAAGAAAAUCCGAAUAAUAAUAUUCAAUUCCUAGUAUAUUAUGAGAAAUUCUUAAAACAACAAAAUAAAGAGUUAAUGGAAUUGAUCUAUACCGAAACUCUUAAAUGUUUCAAAGAAAAUAAAGAAAAUCCGAAUAUUAAUAUUCAAUUCCUAGCAUAUUAUGGAGAGAAACUCUUAAAAUCAGAAAAUAAGGAGUUAAUAGAAUUGAUCUAUACCGAAACUCUUAAAUAUUUCAAAGAAAAUUCGAAAAAUAAUAUUCAAUUCCUAGUAUAUUAUGAGAAAUUUUUAAAAUCAGCAAUAAAACAACAAAAUAAAAAAUUAAUAAAAUUUAUCUAUACCAAAACUCUUGAAUAUUUCAAAAAAAAUCCGAAUAAUAAUAAUAUUCAAUUCUUAGUAUAUUGUGUGUAUUGUGUAUAUUAUGGAGAGAAACUCUUAAAAUCAGCAAUAAAACGACAUAAUAGAGAGUUAAUAAAAUCGAUCUAUAACAAAACUCUUGAAUAUUUCAAAGAAAAUCCGAAUAAUAAUAUUCAUAUAUUAUCACUGAUAUGUAAGAAUAUGCCAUAUUUAAAUCAAAAUUAUUCUGAAUUUUUAUCAGAAUAUUAUAAUGUAAUGAAAGAAAUGAAUAAAAUGAAUUUAUUUUCAGAGAAUUCAUUAAAGAUCUAUAAUAAUCUUCAACAUCUAUAUUCUUAUAAUAAUGAAUUAAAAAUAUCUAAAAAUAAAUUCAUUCUUCAUAAAUUAAAAUCAUAUUCAAGACCGUUAAAAUUUUUGAAAUCACGAAUAUAUCUACUAGUAUUAUUUUCUUGUGUUAUAAGGUUUUACUCAUGAUACUGAUAUUAUACUAUACUGCACACUAGACGCUAUCACUAUUUUUAUUCUAUCCUUCUGGAAAUAUUGGAAAUCAGCACAUCUACUAUUAGUACUUCUGUUAUAUACUAUCAUUAUAGCACUUUCUUUUCGUAAUCAUGGAAUUAUUAUAAUUUUAUUCUUCAGAAAAUAUUGGAAAUCACAGACACAAUUAAUUUUCAUGAUAUGUAUUGCUUUCAUUGUCAAUCCCAAAUUAGCAAAUAUUAUGAUUGUAAUGAAUAUAUUCGCAUAAAGCACAUCUAACUCCAGUAAUAUCUUUUACACCUUUUAUAUAUAUUGUCGGCAUUCUUGGCUUUAUUAUAUAUGUUGCCAUUCAUGGUUAUGAUGAAAUUCUUACGAUUAUUUUAGUUUUUAUAUUUG